CACAGGCUCUUCCGACGCUCGGAUGUUGACGCCACGUCCGAUCCUGCCCUCGGCUGCCGCUGACCGCUUGAUGACGGCCAAAGAGGAAGAAAAAGUAGCCGAGUGAAGUCCGAGCACGAGCGUCACCACAGCAGCAUCCGUCCAUGAAUCACACGUGGAGGCUUUAUAAGAGCAAAGUCAUGAAGACGCUCGAUCCGGAGUACGUGGACGACUCGGCGGAUGAGGUGAGUGAAGUGGAAGAAGACAUGAUGAGUCCAGUCCAGCAAGACGAAAGCCAAAACGCUGUCUUCCAGCUGGCCCGAAAAAUGCAAGGAGCAGGAGCCAAGAGCUGGAACAGACUAUCAGCCCUCUUCAACAAAGAUGAUCAACACCAACUACUGCAAGAGCCAGAAAGUCCUCCAGUUGCAGACCAUCCCCUUGCAGUAAAGCCUGAGGUACCUCCCCGUCCCACCAAAGCCCGCAGUGGAUUCUGGGACAGCUUUGCCGCCAACUGGGCAGCCAGGAAGCAAGCGGAGGCUGACGCCGCCGCUCAAAAGGCGACAGAGGAAACGGAAGCGGGGACAGUGGUGACCAAAGAGGAUGACGAGGAGAAGGCAUCUCCAGGGCCUUCCGAGGAAGCCGAAACAGACGGCAUGGAGGCGGCGGAGGAAGACGAGCGGCGGGAGAGCAGCAACGACGGCUUCUCUAAAUACGUCACGCUGGGCGGCCAGGACGCUUCCUUCAAGUGGAACUUUGUCACCAGCAAACUGGCCGAGUUGAGGAGAGCCAGCCCAGCCGACACCGACUAACGCGGAAAAUUCAGGUAUCACAAUCGAUGUUACUGCCGUUAGCCGCUAGCUGAAACUGGAAUGUAAACCAACUACGCUACUAGUUGGUGUUUUUGUCGGCUUUUGAUAUGUCAUUCUGCAUCAAUCACAGAAAAUUUACAGUUAAUGCAAAUUUACUUUGUUUUUUUGGUCUUUCUUUGGCGUGUUGUUGAACAUUUCAGGACUAAAUUUCCACUCUAAAUUACUAGCUAACUCACAGGCCGACAUUCAUAAUCUCGCUGGCUUCCAUUGAAGGCGCUAAACGUCCGAUCCAUUUUAAGUAAGAGUUUAGCAGCAAAUGAACAUUCAGUUAUUCACUGCCAACCCGCCCACUUCAAAUGGAUUGGACGUCUACUAGCGAUGAAGUCAUUUGACGUCUAUUGCUGUCAAUGGCAGCUGGCAUUUUUGAGAUGUCACAUGACAAGUGUCGUAUUCGUACUCAGGAAUGUAAGCUCCAAUAAUGCAAAAUUAGUAAAUACUGGUAGUAAAGUGCUUCAUCACUUGUGUGCUGCCAGUGAUGGCAAUAGACGUCCAAUCCAUUUCAACUUAGAGGGACAAAAUGGACGUUUAUUGCUGUCAAUGGCAGUAAAUGCGGAAAGGGAAAUUACACUACUAAUGAUUUUUUUUUUCUUUGUGUAUGUUGAACUGGGUUUCAUUUUUAUGUUAUGCUGCAAUAAAAAAUGGAUUUACUUGAUGUUUACUGUAAAAG